AUGAAUUCAAUGGGUAAAGAAAAGAACACCGGUUCGUUUGGAACACGGGGCUUGAUAUCGGCCAAACUAAUACCGCAAGCUGAAGCAAAUGGGUGCGAAUGCCCCAGGCAAUUUCAAGAAUGGCAUUCAGACUUUGACAGGCUAGAGUUAUGCAAGCUGCAGGCUACCAAACGUCAUCGUCGAAUACCUACCACGAAACAUAGCUGCAAAAUUCGACCACUUGAUGCUGGCAUUACAAAGGAUACGAUCCCGAUAAACCUACCGCAAUAA